AUGAGUGCAAGAGCUCCCUACAAUCCAUCACCCCCACCUCCUGCGUUGCCAAUGGCGGCGCCAACAUCUCUACCAGGUGGUCGUCCUCGUGCGGCAAGGCCGCCGCGGAUACAAAUACAUGGCAAUGGCUCUUACAUGGGUUCGAUGCCUCCAACCUCACAGAUUCCCUUUACAGCUCAAACAAAUCCAACUUUAAAUGGAUCACAAGGUCAACCGUAUUGGCCAGCAUACUCGAAUCCCUUUGCUGCUGGGAAUUUCAUGUCAAAGGGAUUCGAAGGAUUUGUCGAUUUUACAAAAUCUGGAAUGAGUUUUGGCGAAAAGUUCACUUAUGGAUUGUACGUGAAAUUCAGUAAAUGGUCCAAAAAGUGGUUUACACAUAUAUUCCUGUUUUUGGUGGUACUGCUUUAUAGUGUCGGUGGUGCAGUUCUGUUUCGAACUGUUGAAGAGGUUCACGUGCAACAAAAAUUCAAUGAUACUCAUAAAUUACAAAAGAGUUUAUUCAAGGCCGUCCAUGAUCUGUCACAGGAUCUUGAGCUAAGAAAGUUUCAUCCAGAUGAAUUUAAUGGAAAACUAAUUUUAACUCUACGAACUCACAAAGAUGCUAUUCAAUCUUUUAUAAAUUCAAAUAAAACCUUAGAAGAACUGGAAAAAUUCGAAAAUCCAUGGAGCUUUUGGAAUGCAAUGUUUUAUUGUGGUACUAUUUACACAACUAUUGACAAGAUUAUAACAAUGUAG